AUGGUGAUCCGCGACCGGAUCUUCAACGGCAUCACGACGGUCUUCAAGCGUCACGGAGGAGUGACGAUUGACACGCCGGUCUUCGAGCUGCGCGAGGUCCUGACGGGCAAGUACGGCGAGGACUCCAAGCUCAUCUACGAUCUUGCGGACCAGGGCGGCGAGAUCUGCUCGCUCCGCUACGACCUGACGGUGCCGUUCGCACGAUGGCUCGCGAUGAACCCCCAGAUCACCGCGAUCAAACGUUACCACAUCGCGAAGGUGUAUCGCCGCGAUCAGCCCGCCAUGGCGAAGGGACGGAUGAGGGAAUUCUACCAGUGCGAUUUCGAUAUCGCGGGUGUUUACGACCCUAUGCUCCCCGACGCAGAGAUCCUCAGGAUUGCGAUGGAGAUCCUGGAUAGUCUGAACAUUGGAAAGUAUACGAUCAAGAUCAAUCACCGGAAGAUCCUCGAUGGACUGUUUGAGAUCUGUGGGGUACCGUCCGACAAGAUCAGACAGAUUUCGAGCGCGGUUGAUAAGCUGGACAAGAUGUCAUGGGAGGAGGUACGAAAAGAGAUGACGGAGGAGAAGGGGCUCGAUCCCGAGGUCGCCGACAAGAUCGGCCAGUACGUGCUCAAGAAGGGCGGCCGCGACCUCCUCGACGAACUCAAGGAGAUCCCCGAGCUCGCCUCCAACGCCUCGUUCGCCGCCGGCCUCACGGACAUGGGUUUGCUGAUCGACUACCUUGAGGUCUUCAAUGUCAUGCCCGUCCUCUCAUUCGACCUCUCACUCGCGCGGGGUCUCGACUACUACACGGGAGUGAUCUUCGAGGUGAUCACGGAAGCCUCUGCGCCCCCCGGCGCCAAAGCCGGUGGAAAGCGCGGUCCCAAGCCACCCAAGAGCGACGAUCCCGAUGCCGACCGUUCCAACGACGACUCCAUCGGCGUGGGCUCCAUCGCGGCCGGUGGAAGAUACGACGAGUUGGUCGGCAUGUUCUCCAAGUCCGCCAAGGGAAAGAUUCCCUGCGUGGGUAUCUCGUUCGGCGUCGACAGGAUCUUUUCGAUCUCGAAGGCACGUAUGGAGGAGGAGGUUCGCGGUAAUGAGGUCGACGUGUACGUUAUGGCGCUCGGUGGAAAGGGCUUCACCGGCUUGAUGAAGGAGCGGAUGGAGGUGUGCAAGACGCUCUGGGACGCCGGGAUCAAGGCCGAGUUCCUCUACAAAGUCAAGCCAAAGCUCAUGCAGCAAUUCGCGGGCGCGGAGAAGCACGGCGUGCCCUACGCGGUAGUCCUGGGCGAAGACGAGCUGGCGGCGGGAGUGGUCAAGAUCAAGGAGAUGGGGCUGCCAGAUGGCCACCCGGAAAAGAACGGUGUCGACGUGAAGUUGGUGGAGAUUGUCCAGGAGGUGCAGGCGCGACUUGCAACGAAGGGACUGAAGGAGGAGGAGCUGGCCAGGGCUGUAAAGGCGGUUCAACUCGAGGCACGGGAGACCGUUUAG